AUGCUCGUUCAACAUAACAUUUCACUACUCAGUGUUGAUAAAGAUGGGCGAAACAUCUGGCACUUUGCAGCAAGAUCAUUCGACGAAGGGAGUCGUGAGUAUCGGGAAGUUCUCUUCAGCACAUACUUCCAAGACUCCCAGGAAGGGCUUAGCAUGAGGAAAGCUGACGGUCUGACUCCACUCGACCAAGCUUUCGAGUACGCACAACUUAUUGAAGAUAAGGAUGCUAUAAUAGCACUGAUUUCCCAUUGCCACCGAAUACCCUUGUUCUGGGAGGGGCAAGGCUGCAUCUUUCCCCGUGCCUUCAACCUACAAUCCGAAGAUAUCAUACGACUUUUGUUGCAGUGUGGGCUUGAUCCUGAAGCGUCCGGAUUCAGCACCGCUAGUCCUCUACAUUACCUGGACAGUUAUGUGUCACUGGAAUGGGUAGUGUUUAUCAAAAGUCUCUUUCCCCACAAUCACGUAUCCAGGCAUAUGGCUAGGUUGCCAAUCGAACUUUACGUUGAUGCGUGUAUCAAGGACACUGUUUUACCAGAAGCAGAGAUCCUGGCGCAACUCACCUUUGACGACCUCUUUUGGAACUUUGACGAUGAAGGACGAGAUGCAUGGCGCUAUCUCUGUUCGUCUGACAAGCGGCUUGGUUCCCGGAGGGUCCAGCAUGGUUGGAAUUGUUUGAAAUACGCAUUGACCCACUAUAUCCAACAGGGCUGCCUUGUAGCCUAUGAAGAAAACAAAAAGGAAUUCGGCCUGGUACCCCUCAUCAGGAUGUUGGAUGAAAUGAACAGGAAUUAUGCUUGGCCACCUUCUGUCAUGCGUGGUGAACUCUUGUCUAAGUCACUGGCACUUUCUGGAUAUUGGAAAACGGACAGCAGGUUGGCCAUUCGUUUUCUCAAGGCAACGAUUGCAAUGAAGGAUGUGGACGCUGUAAAGUGUCUGCUCGACAAAUCCGUACCUGUUAACGACCCAGGUGACAAUAGCGAAACAAUUAUCCAGUAUGCUUUUGGUGGGGAAACUGCACUAAGCCUCUGCUCAAGUACCAAGGGCAGGAUAAUACUUAUGUCGAUCCUGGAAACCCAAAGCCUAGAGAGUCUGAAGGCUGCAUCAGGGGCCAGCCCGAAUGGUGGGCUCAUCUAUGGUCUUAUUCAUCAGCGUUGGCAGAAGUCUGACGCCCGGUGGAUCCUUGAGUAUCUUGCCAGAAUAGGGGUCGACAUUGAUGGCGUUGAUGAAAGUCCACAGAGUGCACGAGGAGCAACACCUCUCGCAUAUCAUCUCCAACAUGAUUCGCUCGCUAUGUCAGAGGUUUUGUUAGAGAUGGGGGCCAGCCUAAAUGGUAAGGACCAUUUCUUGAUCACCUACAGGCCAGUGCAUUUAUGUUCGGCGUCCGGAAACGUCGCCUUCUUGAGAAAGAUCUUGGAAGUAUCCAAACGAACCAAUGCUCCGGUGUUAUGGGAAGUCAUGGCCCAGUGGCGAUUGAAAUUGACGACGGGCUAUUAUUUUGACAGCAUGUCUGGAUUCCAUAUUGCUUGUUAUAAAGGCGAUCGCGAGUGUGUCAAGUUCUUUCUAAAGGAAAUAGAGAUCGAUAUUCGAUCAACAAGCCGGCUUGGCCACACGGCCCUACAUUUUGCAGCUAUGAAUGGCGACAAAGCCACCAUCAAGCGACUCUGUCGUUACGGCUUCGACGUCAUGGCGAAGUCCAAAGAAAAAGCGACUCCACUUCACAUUGCAGUAACUGAGAACCGUGCAGGUGCUGUCCGUACUCUGAUUCAACUCGGCGCGAAGAGCUCUAUGGACAAUCUUGUCAGGACCCCCUUGAUGAUAGCACAGUUCCAAGACAACGCCGAGAUAAUUGAGAUACUAGAAAACGAAUUCGGUAAACAGUCAGAUGAUUCAGUCGAUGAAAGACAUACCGCUAGGUUACUUCUUCGACUGAAGUCAGCUAUAGAGCAUGGUGAUCUUGCAGGCUGCCAGAGCUUGACUUCCAAGGGAUGUCCACUGAACAAACCGCUGCCACGAACAGGGAACGCAUCGCCAUUGACCUAUGCUCUCGUUCGCCAUCAGGCCACCAUCGCCGAAUGGCUCUGCCAAACGGGAGCUUCGGUAUUGAGUGUCAAUGACUUCAAGGUCACAUCAAUGCAUACAAUUAUAACCGCCGCACGUUACCCCCGUCUAUCGACAUUCCUUCCCACACUUUUACAGCGAUUCAUCGACCAAGGUGGCAACUGGGAUGACCUUGCGUUUCGACUCAUUGCCCAAGCGGCAGCAUCCGGAAAUGAACCUGGCCUCAAAGUUAUCCUGACACAUCUCCCCACACAUACUACGCCUUCAAUAUUCUUUGAAAGGCGCCCCAAGCUACCCGGGGCUCGCGAAGGUCCGAACUUAAACCUGCUUCAUUUCUGCGUUCAUCAGAACAGACGUGCAGUUGUUCAAAUCCUGUUGGAGAGUGGAUGUCCUGUUGAUGUAGUUGAUGGAAGCGGGGCUACCCCCCUAUCUUAUGCCAGAGAGUCCGAAAUGGUUGAUCUACUGGUAGCGUUCGGUGCUUCUCCAACUCCUUUGCUAACCACAUGUCUUGCGAACAAUUUCCAUUUUUGGGGUCGUGAUUCCACACGAGUUUUCGACACCCUCACACAUGCUUUCCAGGAACAAAGUGGUCUCGCACCCCUGGGAUGGGUAGGUACAAGCCUCCCGGCAUACUAUGACUCGACGUACAUGAGACCCGGCUCUUUACUUCCAUUGCCGCACUUCCUCGAGCACUACCGCAACGGAAGUCCCGAAGUAGUGAACUAUCUAGCGGGGCUCUUUUCUGGCAUUGGACUUGGGCCACUUCUUCAAGGCAACACUGAGCUUCAUGAGGUAGAGCCCUUCCCUUGGCACUUGUAUCAGCCCGCCAGCUUUUCAAAAAUAACGUUUCUCAAAAACCAUUUCCACCUCUUUUGCCAACGCUUUGGACGCCGAAAUGUGAAAAGAUGGGCUAACUUGGAGCCGGCUCAAGGUUGGAGCCCCCUUUGCCGAGCUGCCUCGCAGAAUUGUACGGAGAGGAUGGAGAACUGUCUAUCCUUAGGCGCGGAUAUAGAGUUUGAGGGGUGUCCUUUGGGGUCUGCUCUGAUGAUUGCAAGUGCUUGCGGUCAGCUAGAUGCUGUCAAACUUUUGGUACGCAGGAAUGCGAAGGUGUCUUACGAAGGGCGGGCUGGAAGAUUGAGCGUGUUCAAAGUAGCUAUAUCAACAGCUGUAUGGGAAUGGCUACUGGUAGGUCGAUUCACCGAUCAACGACGGAUCAAGCAUACCCCCGAACACGAUUCGAUGAUAGGAACAAAGUUUUGGAGUGGGCCUGUUCAGGCGAGGGCCAAUUUACAUGGGUACGAGCUCGUGCGUGACAAUGAGGCAAGAAUCGAUUGUGCAAAGAGAUUGAUGCUUUACAAGAGGAUAAUGAGAGGUCGCGUGGCACCAUAUAUCGAUGGUCUGAUUUUUAAUCGCCAUCAAGAGCCAAAUGUGAGCGCUUUCAGCAACGACAGAUAG